AUGUUGCUACUGCAUUUUAUGAAUUUAAAUACUGUUGACUCCGCGGUAUUAACCAGCUCAUUUUCUGUGGAUUCAAGCGAAGAAGCUCAGGCUUUUUUCAGAACCGGAACAAAAUAUCUACAGGAACUGAUUGAUGAGAGAAAGCAUUUGCUACAGGACAAUUCAAGUUUUGGAAUUGAAAGCAUAAUUGUAAAUGACUUGAUCAGUUUUGGCUGCCUUUUGAUUUACAACCACAAACUUGUACCGUUAAUUUCAGCUACUGGUUACGAUGUGAUUUCCAUGGCAAAAGAAUAUAGUGAUACUAGGAAUUUGUACUCUCUACUGAUGACAGGGUUACGAUUAGAAUCUUUGUUUUUCCCCAAAGCAAACCCCAUAUUGACAUGUCCACCAGGAACCAAUUUUUGGUUCACACGAAUUUUGGAACUUGAAAUAAUGACUUUCACAUCGGGAAAUGGGAGUAAAUCAAAUAAUCUAGAAGAAUAUUUCCAAACACUUCAGGAUACCUUUUUAUUACUAAAGGACGCCUGCUAUGCCAUGGCAAUAGUGAGAUUCCCAUUUCCUCUAAUUGCAUGCCUAACGAAUUUUAGUGACAAAUACAGACAAUUACUUCGCAAUGGAGAUGAAUUUGCACUAAGACUACUAUUUAUUUACUCAUGCCUCUGCGUGAUUUCCAGAAUAUCUUUGAACAGAAAUGACAAUAUUUUUGUUGAUUACAUAAUGGAAUUCAAAACCAAUUUUUUUAGAAAAUAUGGAGACUUUAGUUACCCGAUUGAUAGAGAAUUAUACCAUUUGGUUACACGAACUAACUUUGUGGUUGACUUUGGCGAUAUGUCACGAUUUCAUCCAUUACAGCAAUGUGAGCCACUUAUGGAUCUAAGUUGGUUGGAGAUGUACAUCAGGACUUUAGAAAAGACGAACUCUUUAAAUCUGAGCAUACAAUAA